AGUAUUCUUUUCAGAGCGUGAACUGACAAGGCUGUGACGUAGGACGCAAAUCCUGCGUCAUCACAAAACUCCGCCCACUAGAUUUUUCCUAAACGUGUUUGUUACCGAGUUUUAUCACAGAUAAUUACCUCCAUUUUGCAAAUACGAUAAUUUUGUGCGUGUAUCUGAUUUACAUCACCCUCCCUGAGUGUAGCAUAGCAAGUGGGCCGCUUUAGGUAAGCUAAAUCGUAGAAAAGCUGGCUCAGUUUUUCGCUCAACGAUGGUCAUUUGUGUGGAGGAGGUGUCCGCGUCUCUUGUGCGGGAAUAUCUGAGUAGAAAGGGACUCAAGAGAACUAUUGCCUGCAUGGAUGAAGAGCAUCCACGCACACAGUCCAGUAUCAACAACAGAUCCCACUUGAGGCAAGCUCUGCACAUUGAGGACCUGUACAAGGAAAAUAAGGUUCAGAGUUCGCCCCUGAGGACUUUACUGGAAAUUAUUGUCAAGCACCACAUUGAAGGUCACAAAGCUGACAAGAUGGCCUGUCAAAAUGAAGGAAGUGAUUCCCUGCAUUCUGCUUCAACAAUCGGCUCGCAUCGUCUUUCUCCUGAAAAAUCCCCAUUGCAAAUGAAGGAAAGUAAUCCAGAACACUACACAGCGUCCUUAAUUACUGGGGAUCACAUCAAAUUAAGGUUACAGGGGAAGUUUGUGUCCCGUUCUCAAAAGGAGAUAUCGUCACUUGAUGGAGAGAGACUCAGGAACCAUAGUGAAACUCCAUCAUUGCCAUUUGCCUCAGUAUAUGAAAGUAGUCAGUCCAAGCUGGCAUCAAUGCAUGAUCACGAUCACUUUACUUUGAAUGAACCUGAAAUAAAACCCCCUGUCACUGAAGUCAUUCAAAAGAGCCGACCCAAUCGGGUAAGACGUGGUAUGAUGUCUGGACCAAUAGCAAGCACUCUUCAGGAGUCAACCAAACAAAGGCACUGUCGAAAAGUCGGUAUGCCACAGCUUAUGCUCAGAAAAGAAGAGGAGCACAGACAGUCUUGGGAUAGAAUGUCAGGGGACAGUUUACAACAAAAAGUCUUAGAGAAAUCUCUAAGCGAGGCUACAGAACCAGCACAGAGCAUGGAAAUUGAGAAAAAAAGCACAUAUUUCAGAGAAAUAGCUAAUUCCAAGACCCUUCCAAAUGUCACCGAUUUGUCUGAGAUGGUAUUAGAUGACAUUGACGAUGAGCUGCCAGAACUCUCCAAAAUGUCUAUUGAGAGCGCAGCAACCACACCAAGGAACCAUGAGAUAGGACGCCCAAUGGAUCAACACACUGCUUCGGAAUUGAAAUCAAUCCUCAUCGGCUCAGGUUUAAAAUGUUUCACUGUCGAAUGGAGAAAUCAGGGUUUCACGUUUUCUGAAAAGCAUGACCUGAGAUAUGGAAUAGUGCAGAAAAAGGGUGGUCCUUGUGGGGUCCUAGCUACCAUCCAGGCUUUCGUUUUGAAGAAACUUCUUUUUGAAAAUGUAGACUGUAGCAAUAAUACAAAACUACAGUGUUUAAGACCAACAAAUGCAACAAGAAGAAAAUGCCUGGUCUUAGCUUUGGCUGAAGUCCUAUGGAGAGCUGGUGAGGAAAAACAAGCCACAGUAGCAAUAAAUACAGGAAGAACAGUCUUUACUCCAAGUGGACACAAAUCUGAAGGAGUGCUUGAAAAGAUAAGAUAUUUUACAUUGGACCACAUUAAAGAUGUCCAGUUGCUACUGGAACAACAUAUUGAAGAGUUUGAGACAGGGGAGCUGGGAUGCCUGCUUUUGACCAUAUCUGCCAUCAUGUCUCGAUCUAUUGAUAAAUUGAAAGAGGAUAUGGAUGUGCCAACUGCCACACUCAUUGGAGCUCAUGGCUACUGUACUCAGGAACUCGUCAACCUGUUGUUAGUGGGACGUGCUGUCUCUAAUGUUUUUGACGGUGACGUUAAGCUGGACUCGGGCAAUGGCAACUCUACACUUCUUAAGGGAAUUAAAACUCAUUGUAACAUUGGUCUUCUAUCACUUUUUGAACAUUAUAACAUCUUUAAGGUUGGAGAUUAUCUAAAGAACCCUCUCUUUCCAAUCUGGGUUGUGUGCAGUGAAAGCCAUUUCAGUGUGCUGUUUGGCCUUCAGGGGGAGCUGUUAACAAAUCAGGACAAGAGCGUUGAGUUCGACCUGUACUAUUAUGACGGACUGGCCAAUCAGCAGGAAGAGAUCCGCCUAACUGUCUCAGUUGGAAAAACGGGAUUGAGUUGUCAAGAUCUUAUUCCUCCUCUGGAACUCUGCAUUCGAACACGGUGGAAAGAUGCAUUCGUAAGUUGGAAUGACACAGAACCUAUUCUGUGAUUGCCUGCCUGAUUUUACGUUGUUUCUAUGUUGAAUAAAUCUGAAUAUAUUUUGAUUUCCUCCGUAUGUAUAAUUAGGGGGACAUAGUGCCUGUAGUUUUCCCUUUGCUUAAUGCUAAAGUAUGAUAAUCAUCAUGAAAUGAACAACUUGAAUGGUUGAUUGAGGGAGGGGGGGACCUCAUCAAGAUCAAGUGUCAUUCACAUGAAGGGAAUGACAUGGAUAAUCACGCACACAAUUUAAUUUACAAACAACUAUAGUAUAAUAAAAAAAAUCAAUCUAGUAAUACAUCUGGAGGGUACUGGAUAUUGUCCAGUGUUUUAUAGUCUGGAAAACCUUUCAGCCACAUACAAAAAUAACCCGUUGCAUCAGAAAGAGAAAGCUAUUAUUGGUAGUAGUAGUCACAUUAUUAUUUUUUUUAACUGGCCGUGUAAAAAUAAUGUCAAAUGAAAAUGCUGUGUGUUUGUAUUAGAGAUUGGAAUUGUAGAGACUUUUGUAUUUUUACCCAUAUACAAAUACUUAAUUUUGUUCUACUCAUAUUAAGAUUUUUUCUACCACUUACGUUUGAUUUACCACAGAGGCCUUUAACUUGUGAUGAUACCCAGAUAUUUAUAUUUCUCAGUAAGAUAAUUGAAUUAAAUCCCAUCUCAUGGUAAAGACUAAAGAAAAUGCAUAUUUUCACGUUGUCUGUGUGUCUAAAAGUGACUGACUAUACUGUUUGUGUGUGGACUUGAGAGAGUUCAUACAAAUGUUUUAGUGUGACAAUGUCAUGUGUCUUUAUUUUCACUUAUCCCUGGAAUACAUACUGUAAAUAAAAUACUAUAUCACGUUGCAUCUCCAUUGUUGCGCCGUCACUAAAAAUAAUAAUCAACAGCACUAUCCUUAGUGUACUUAACUUAAAUCUCAUUACCCAUUGACUCAGAUUUUGGAAGAAGUUUCUAUUUCUAGAAUGUGAAAACAAAAUUAAUUUACUAUGCACAAAUGCUGGCUAUGAGUUCCAUUGAGGGGCACGCAGAGGAGGUGGUGAGGCAACCUUGUGCCAACGCUUCCAGCUUUAGGGAUCAAAGACAGUGCAGCUGGCACUAGCACACAUGAUUAUCAGUAUUUAAGCUUCAUGUGUACACUGAUGUGAUGACAAUAAUACCGCUCACCAAUUUAAUUGGGAAAAAAACCCCGAGUCGUACAUCUUAUUUCAAACUGUAAUGUUGAUUGAUUGUAUAUUACUGGUGAGUCAUAACAUUCUCAGUGUGAGGAAAUAUUAAUAAACGCUGUACUGUAUAUCAAUGAAGACAAUGCAAUGCCUUUUCACCCAUCAAAGCUGUAAUGUGAUUGCUAUAAAUGUAGGUGGCAUGCUCGAAACACGCCUUGAGCAUUAAGAAAUUGGAUUAAAGUGUUUAGUUUUCAUUUAGAAUUUUUGGUAAACAGUGCCAGGAGUGGAACAUACGUCAUGAGGAGCCACGUUUAGGUUUGAGGUCGUAUGCUAGUCAGAAUCUCGCCAGAAACGUUGGCGUGUGAAGCGUUUCAGUAAGAUCCAAAGAGGUUAACCAAAUUACAAACAUGUAUGCUUUGGAAGUCAUUUUAAAGCAAUGUUUAAUUCAUAUGAGGAGAUUUAUUUGCCACUGCUGCACUGAAAUAUCGUUUCUACUGUGCACUGCUGGUGCCUGUUUCAAAUGACAGUAAAGAAACUACCGUAUUUUACGGACAAAAGUCGCACCUAAGUAUUAGUCGCACCAGCCAUAAAAUGCCCAACGAAGAGGAAAAAAAAAACGUAUACAUAUAAGUCACACCGGAGUAUAAGUCGCAUUUCUGGGGGAAAUGUACUUGAAAAAAUCCAACACAUAGAACAGAUAUGUCAUCUUGAAAGGCAAUUUAAAAUAAAAAUACAAUAGAGAACAGCAUGCUGAAUAAGUGUACAGUAUGAUAAUGUUACAUGCAUGGACAACGAAAUGCGAACGUGGCCAAUAUGUUAACUAAUAUAGCUAUUAAGAGUUAUUCAGAUAACUCUUAGCAUAAAGAACAUGCUAACAAGUUUACCAAACCAUCAGUGUCACUCCAAAACACCAAAAUAACGUGAAAUGAUAUGAGUGAUAUAAUAAUGUGUUAAUAAUUUCAAACAUAAGUCGCACCCCCAGCCAAACAAUGAAAAAAACUGCGACUUAUAGUCCGAAAAAUAUGGUACUGUAACUAACUCUAAUCGUCACUCACUCACUCACUCACUCACUCACUCACUCACUCACUCACUCACUCACUCACUCACUCACUCACUCACUCACUCACUCACUCACUCACUCACUCACUCACUCACUCACUCACUCACUCACUCACUCACUCACUCACUCACUCCACGUGAAAGGGUGCUUGACAUACUGCAAUAAUCUCACGCUUGCUCACUCACCACCGUUAGUGUCGUAUAAAAUUAUUUUUAGCUUUUCAAUUUCUUUUUGUUGCAGGUUUCCCACUUCAGUGUUUGGAGCUAUAUUAAUAUUCAGGGUAUAAGUAAUUUUCGGACUAUAAAUCGCUCCAGAGUAUAAAUUAAUGGGGAAACUUAAUAAAAUCCAGCCCAAGAACAAACAUUAUUUUGAGGAAUACUUGAUAAAUAUGGUUGGUGAUAUGUGGAUACACCUUCACUUCCCCUAGAUGUUCUUGUAUCAGCACACAGGCAUGUCAUUAGUGAACAAGAUUACUCCCAGUAACGGUGCCCUAACAAAUUACCCAUCAACCUUUGCGGGCGGAACAAACCAACAAGAACAGUCAAAACAAAUAGUCCAGAGAAUAAAAAUAGAUUUGGGCGCUCAGGAUAUAAGUAAUGUUCAAAGUUCAUGUUCUGUGGUAAUUAUUUCUUCAGUUACAUUUGUUUAAUUACUUGCAAAUUAUGCAGUUUACUUUGUUGUGUCAUGAUGAUUUUAGUUUUGAUAUGACACUGUGACUUCAUUUGAAUUGAUGACCAGCCAUUAUUUGUUAUUGUUUGUGGCAGUGACUGUCAGCCUGUUCUUCUGCUUAUAAUACUGAAGUACAAAUUGUCCCUCACUGUCUCGUGAGUGCCACAGUAUAGAACCAACACAACAUUUAAGUUGGGUCGUCCUUUUAAUAAUUUCUCAUAUACGUACAUAUGCAUGUAUGUGUGAGUGUGUACAUGUAUAGUGAGGAGCAGUGAGGAGAUUUGGACCCCUUGUGAUUUUCAUUUUAGAAAAGAUCCUAAGGUAGAGGUCCAAAAUUUCAAUAAUUGAUGCAUUUCCACUUAUAGAUACAUAAUCUAAAAAAUAAAAUACAGAAUUCACAUUUUAUAUUUUUUCAAUAGUUGUAAUAUACUGGGGUUCAUAAGUAUUUGUACUCCUCAGUGCUAAUAUUUAGUGCAGAAGCUUUUGUUUUCAAUUACAGAGGUCAAAUGCUUUCUCUAUUUCUUUACCAGGUUUUCACAUAUGGAAACAGAUUUUGGCCCAUUCCUUCUUCACUAGAUCUUUAAGGUUUUGGGGCUGUCGUUGGGAAACACAAAGUUUCAGCUCCAUCCAAAGAUUUUCUUUUGGAUUGAGGUCUGGAGAUUGGCUAGGCCACGCCAGAACCUUGAUAUGCUUUUUACUCAGCCACUCCUUGGUCAGCUUGGCUGUGUGCUUCGGAUCAUUGUCAUGUUGGAAGAUUCAGCCAUGACUCAUCUUCAAGUCUCUAUCUGAGGGAAGGAGGUUGUGGCUCAAAAUCUGCCAAUACAUUUGACUAUUCAUCCUCUGCUUCAUACAGUACAUUUGUCUUGUCCCCUUUGCCAAAAAGCAGCCCCAAAGCAUGAGGUUUCCAACCCCAUUCUUCACAGUGGGGAUGGUGUUCUCGGGAUGUUAAUCAUCCUUCUUUUUCCUCCACACACGACGAGUAAAGUUUGCACCAAAAAGUUCUACUUUGGUCUCAUCUGACAGCAUGACUUUCUCCCAUGACCCCUCUGCAUCAUUCAGAUGGUCCCUGGCAAACGUCAGACGGGUCCUCACAUGUACUGGCUUCGACAGGGUGAACCUUCUGAGCAAUGCAUGAUUUUAAACCAUUGCACUGUAGUGUUCUACUGACAGUAGCCUUUGAAACUGUGCAUCCAGCUCUCUACGGGUCAUUGACCAGCUCCUGCCGUGUAGUUCUAGGCUGAGCCCUCACUUUUCUCUUCAUGAGUGAUGCCCCUCUAUGAGAGAUUUUACAUGGAGCCCCAGUCUGAGGUAGAUCAUCAGUCAUGCUUAGCCUUUUCCAUUUUCUAACAAUUCCUGCAACUGUUGAUUUAUUCUCACCAAGCUGCUUUCUCAAUUUUCCCAUAGCCUUUUCCAGCUUUGUGGAACUCUCUUUUUCUUUGGUAUCUUUCGAAAGCUCUCUGGUCUUGAACAUGGUAGCAGUUAGAUUGUGACUGACUGUGGGGUGUACAGGUAACAAUAAUGAGCUCAAACGAGUGGUGGGUUGGCGGUUACUCAUGGGGUAAAGGUGGACUUCUUUUAGGGUGGAGUGACAACUCUUUGAGUCAUAAUUAUUUCUGAUUCUCAGGGGUACAAAUAUUUAUGAAACCCAGUAAAUUACAAAUAAAUUAUUUUUAAAAAAUAACAUACAAUGUGAUUCCUGGAUUUUUUUUAGAUUAUGUCUCUAUGAGUGAAAUUUCAGACCUCUACCUUUUUUCUAAGUGGGUAAACUUGCAAAAUCACAAGGGGUGCAAAUACUUCUGCUUG